GAGAAGGAGGGUGGGCGGAGGGGGGAGAGGGAGGGUAAGGGACGCGAGAGAGUCGUGACUCGGGAGAGCGUCCACUGCCAUCGGAGUGUGCGAGGAUACGGGAUAGCGUACCUAGUUUAUUCGCGUCCGCUCCGUGUUCGAUAAUCCGCUCGAGGUUAAGUCAUGGCGCGUACCAAGCAGACGGCCCGUAAGUCCACGGGAGGAAAGGCUCCUCGUAAGCAGCUCGCCACAAAAGCGGCCAGGAAGAGCGCGCCGUCCACCGGCGGUGUCAAGAAGCCGCAUCGUUAUAGACCCGGUACCGUGGCCCUUCGAGAAAUCAGAAGAUAUCAAAAGUCGACGGAAUUGCUAAUCAGAAAAUUGCCGUUUCAACGAUUGGUGCGUGAAAUCGCGCAAGACUUCAAGACCGAUCUUCGUUUCCAAAGCGCCGCUAUAGGCGCCCUGCAGGAAGCUUCCGAAGCAUAUCUCGUUGGUCUCUUCGAAGACACCAAUCUGUGCGCGAUUCACGCGAAACGCGUCACAAUUAUGCCUAAGGACAUCCAGUUGGCUCGGCGAAUUCGCGGCGAGCGUGCUUAAGAGACGCUGUGUAACGCAUACAUACCGUUUACUGCGAUUAUUAUUAUUAUUAUUAUUAAUAUUAUAUUAUUAAUUACAUACAUUACUGUUUGCAAUCGCGUCGUGGAUGAAGCACUUUCAUUCCAAGCUCUACACAUGUAUUUUAUCCAUAUAGAGACACAUAAGCGCCGUAAAGCGCUCGUUAUCGUUUAAUAAUUUUCUCGUUCUUCGAAACUCACGAACGAAAUACGAUUCACAAAUUGUACGAGAUAUAAAACGUAAUUUCUUUCUUUGUACGAUAUAAAAAAAUAAUUUUCUUUUUCCAACGCUCGAUUGCUCUUCGGUUUAGUUAUAUCGCGUGUUUAUGAUAUUAAUUUCCAAUAGUUUCCGUACGAAAAAUUCAUAUAAAAUACACACAAGAUAAUUUUGGUUGAACGACAACAUUUGGAUACAUUUUUUUCACUAUUUAUCUUCUUAUCGCUACUAAUAUACAUAAUAAUGUCAUUAUCAUUAUUAGUACUUGCAAAAAGUGUGCACUAGAAUAAGAUACUCUCACGGUAAUGUUGAGAUGUAGUGCUUAACAUAUUAGAUCUCUGUACUCGAGUUACAUCAUUUUAAUCACUUAAGCAUUGUGUAAAAAUUUGUGUAAAAAUAAACGCAUUUCGUAUAAAUAAAUCUUCUAAAUUCA